AUGCCCGAGACCGAUUAUGGAACACCUAGCAUCUGCCUCAAUGAACUGAGUGUAACGAAGAUGGGUCGCGCGAGCGCUCGCACUCGUGUAAGGUUUGUCUCGUUACGGUACAAAGAGGUAGAACGCCCUGGACAUCUAAGACCGGAAGACGAGGUCUCGGGCUCUGCGCACCAGUCUAGCCGAUCGGUGCGCCAGCUACCUGGGCGACAGAACGUUACUGGGUUGAUGGCGCCCGACGGAGACCCCGUAGGCUCCAGAAGUCUCCGGAGGGCAAAUGAGGCGGACCCGGCCCCCGCCCCGCUGGCGUCCAGCGGGGAUUCCGGCGAACGUCUAUGUGUCCCCCCUGGCCUGCCCGCUUGGUUGAUGACGUAG